CGCUGGUCCUGGCACACGAUUUGAAUGCCUCUUGCAGUGCACUGCGCGCUGCGCCCCUGAGCCCUCCCUUUCGCACCUCCCCUUGUGUCGCACUCGCGCCAUUUAAACGCUACGAGCUCUAGCGAGCGAGCGAGGAGAGACGCCAGCUGCCGCGCAUCAAUUUACUCAGUGGCAGAGAGAGCGCAUGGCGGUGGUGGUGGCGGGCAGCAGGGCGAGAGCGGAGCAGGCAAGGAUGCAGAGGCGGGAGCAGGAGCCGAGGAGCCCCGACUUGGCGGCGGCGCCGCCGAGGCCACCGCGGCCGAGGCCGGCGGUCGUGUACUACCUGUCGAGGAACGGGCACCUCGAGCACCCGCACUUCAUGGAAGUCGCGCUCUCCAGCCCCGACGGCCUCUACCUCCGAGAUGUGAUCGACCGGCUCGACGCGCUGCGAGGCAAGGGCAUGGCGCGCAUGUACUCGUGGGCAUCCAAGAGGAGCUACCGGAACGGGUUCGUGUGGCACGACCUGGCGGACGACGACUACAUCCACCCGGUGGUCGGCCGGGAGUACGUGCUCAAGGGCACCGAGCGCCUGCACCCGGCGGUGCCGCCGGCCCCGCUGCUCGACGCGGCCGCCGCGUCCUCGUCGUCCUCCGGCUCGCAGGAGACGCCCACCUCCUCGUCCUCCGCCAGGUGGGAGGCGCACGCGCACCGGAAGAAGAGCGCCGGCGCGCGCCGCGCGGCCGAUGGGCUCGGUGAGUACGUCGUGUACAAGGGUGAGGAGUGCGCCGCGGACGCCGCGACGCAGACCGAGGACGGCGGCCGCGGACACCCUAGGCGCGCCCAUGCCCAGGCCGCCGCGCCGCAGGACGAGCUGAGCCGGGCGGAGACGUCACCGCCGACGGCGUCGACGAGCCCCGAGACGCUGGAGGCGCUGAUCAAGGCGGACGGGCGCGUCGUGGCGGCCAUCAGCGGCAGCGGCCGGGCCCGGGCACCCUCCGUGCUCAUGCAGCUCAUCUCGUGCGGGUCCGUGUCCGUGCGCGACGCGCGUGCUUCCCCGGUGAUGCCGCGCGCGCGACACCACCACAACCUCCACCACCACCGCCACCGCGCGCGCCCGCCCCGCCCGCCGGCGUCGGCGGCCGCGGAGGUGCCGACCUACCGCGCGAAGAUCGUGGAGGACAAGGAGUACUUCAGCGGGAGCAUCAUCGAGACCGCGAAGCGCUCGUCGGGCGACGACGACACGUCCCAGGACCUCGCCGUUCUCCGGCGGUCGUCGUCGUACAACGCAGACAGGGUGAUAAAGCUGGAGCUGGCCAAGGAGGCCGGGGACCUGCAUGACCGCUGCAUCCCGCGGAAGCCCAAGGCCAAGAGAGACGGCGGCUACCUGGUCAUCUCCUGCACCGCGCAGGGGAAUAAUAACAAGGGAUGACGACUGCGUCCUCGUCGCCGGUGGCAUGCGGCCGUCAUCCCGGCGAGCUGGCGAUCGAGUGGUGGCGGCGCCUGCGUGGCUUCUUGCGUGGGGAACAGUAGAUAACUGUCCUGUAGUCCAGUUUGUUUCCAUCUGCUUGCUAGAUCCUGCCUGUGAUUCUCCGAGUGAAGUGAGCCCUGUCAAUAUGUGUGCUGUGCCUGUGCUGCGUCGUUGUCUGAACUUGAUACUGUCCUGUAACCUGAUUUAUGCUGUGCUAAUGGGGUUGUCACUUGUCA